UGCAGCGGAACAGUAUUGAGCCGGCACUGCUGGACAGGCCGCAGGCCUCUGAGAGCCUUCGACAGGGUACGACGAUGCUCAUCGUGGCUGGCCUGUGCCCCCAGGGGCCCCCUGGACCCCCGCCGCCCCUGCUGCCCAAGCCAGGGAAGGACAAUGUGCGUCUGCAGAAGCUUCUGAGGAAGGCCGCCCGGAAGAGGAUGACGGGGGCCGGGCCUCCCGUGCCACUGGGGCCUUUCCGAACCUCCCUGUCCCCCGUGAGCGAGGCCAGCCACGACCAGGAGCCCACGGCCCCGUGCCCCACGGAGGCCCCACCUCCCACAGAGGCCUCGCGCCCCGUGGCUGCCCUGCCACGCUCCUCCCGCAGCUCCGUCAUCCACCACGUGGCGUCACCUCUGCAGAAAUCCCCGCUCCCCUUCAGCUUCACCCAGCGCAGGAGCCUGGCCGCACACUUCAAGGCCACGGGGCCCCAGCUUGCGAGCCCGGCUCCGGCCCCCGCCCGGCUGCCCAGCGGCCUCACACAGGUCUCGGCUCCCACGGCAGGGGUCACCCACGUCAGCCACUUGCACAUCCAGCUAGCGCCAUCCCCACAGGCCGGGACCCCUGAGCCCCAGCAGACGGCCCCAGAUGGCGGGCCUGGGGGGCAGGACCAAGACAUAACCCCAUGCCCUCCUGGGGCCCAGCCCCUGGUUCCCAUGGCCCACAUCCGCCCGCUUCCCACUGAGGCAGCCAGCCCCUGGCCUGAGGCGCCCCCCGCACCGAGGCCGCCCCCGGGCUCUGAGGUCUCGGGGCCCAGAGAGGCCAGCACUCGGGUUGUGCUGCCUGUUGCCCCUACCUCCUGCUCCCGGGGACCCUCGCCUCACGAGCCCGCCCCCGAGGGCCCUGCUGUGGAGCCCUUGGAGGGUCUCCCUGCAUCAGGGCCUGCCGCUGAGGCCGAGCUGGGCUCCGGACCCCGUGGGGCCUCACCCCCCGCCCCACUGUCAGGCCCGCACCGGUGCCCUGUCCCCAGGGUGGCUGCCAAGCCCCAGCUCAGUGGCUGGAUGCGCCUCAAGAAGCAGCUGGUGGAAGAGGCGGAAGCACCCCCAAUGCUGGGGCCGCGGCAGAGUCCGGAGCGCGGGCAGCAGGCGGUGACAGCCCCCGUGGGCCCAGUGUCCCAGCCCCCGGCCUCCCGGGCCUCCAGGAUGUGGGACGCGGUGCUGUAUCGCGUGUCGGUGGCCAAGACCCAACGCGGCCCGGCCGGGCCCGAGGACAGGGCUGGUGCCCUGGCUGGCCUGGGCCGCCUGCCCUUCCUGUGCAGGCCGCGGUUCAACGCCCGGAAGCUGCAGGAGGCGGCCACCCGGCCCCCUCCCACCGUCCGCCCCGUCCUGGACCUGAGCCCCAAGCCCAAGAACUUCAACCGGACGGCGGCCGGCUGGAGGCUCCAGUGAUUGGCCCGGGCAGCCCCAGGGCCCAGGACCAUGGUGCAGACUGCAGAGGGACAGGGGGUCCAGGGGGAGGCCACGGCCCCUGAAGAGGACGCUGGGGCCAGAU